UUUCUUUCUUUCUAGUUACUUCUUCCACUACUCUCUCUCUCUCUCUAUCACUCAAAAAAAAGCAAAAUAAUUAAGGACCCUCCCUUUUUCUUUUCUUUAUUAUCUUUUUAGAUUUCAAUGUACGACUUAUAUUAUUUUUUCAUCAACUUGUCUUCCUUUUUGUCCUAUAAAUUCACUGCUUCAAACUCAUUCACUCCUCUUCCACUUUCUCUCUUUUCUUUCUUUUAAGAUAUUUCUUUUGCUUUUCUUUUUUCUCUUUCAAACCUCUGUUGAAGCUUAUAGUUAUUUGAAGAAACAAUAACAUCUUAAAUGCAUAACAUAUUGUUAUUGAUGUUUGAGAUUCAUGUAUCAAAUUCUGAGUGAAAUCUUCUUUUCUGGUUGUAUGAUCAAUUCUACUGUUAGGCGCAGGACCCAUUUAGUUCAAUCUUUCUCUGUUGUCUUCCUUUACUGGCUUUACUACGUUUCAUGAUUUCUAUUUUCUAAUCCAUUUUUAUAUCUUUAUUUUAUUUUCAAUUUUCUUUCUGCAAUUUCUUUCUUUUUUUCUUAUUAGUUUCUGGGUCCUGCGUUCUGUUUUUGUGCAAAUAACUCUCUCUAUCUCACAUCACAUGGCUUCUUCAAGUGGAACAUCUUCAGGCUAUUCAACACUUCCAAAUUCAGGUUCAGAGGAAGAUUUGAUGCUUCUGAUGGAUCAAAGAAAAAGAAAGAGAAUGAUAUCGAACCGCGAAUCAGCAAGAAGAUCUCGAAUGAGGAAACAAAAGCACUUAGAUGAUCUUGCUGUUCAGUUGAGUCAACUAAGGAAUGAGAAUCAACAGAUUCUAACUUCUGUGAACCUAACAACUCAACGAUUCUUAGCUGUUGAAUCUGAAAACUCAGUGCUUAGAGCUCAACUGAAUGAACUCAACAGCAGAUUUGAGUCUUUGAAUGAGAUCAUCAACUUCAUGAAUGUUGCAAAUGGUGUUUUUGAACCUGUUGAUAAUAAUAUUAAUGAAAAUUACUUCAACAACCCUUUGAAUAUGGGUUAUUUGAACCAACCAAUCAUGGCUUCUGCAGAUAUGAACAUGAUACAUUAUUGAGAUGAGAAGAGAUCCAUUGGGUUUGAAGUUUGAUUGAAUAUGUUGUUGUUGGUGAAUGAAGAUUACUUACUGCCACAAAAGAAAAAGAGAGAGUUAAGGAAUAAUGAUGAAUGUGUACUAUAAGUAGUAAUAGUGUAAUCAUAAAAGAGGGGUAAAAGCUAAGCCUGUUAGUGUUAGGUGCUGCUUCUAUAAAUGUCCCUUCCCUUGUUUCUAGUGUUCACACUUCAUGUCAGUAUAUUAAGGUUGUAUUUCUAUGAUUGUUAUUGUUGUUACUUUUCUUCAUUAUAAUAUAUAAUCAUAUUAAUAUUGA